ACGUAGAAGAAGAAGAAAACCACAACUCGAGCAGCUCACAAAAUACACUGCGCUACACCGUUUUAUCACUAUAGAAAGUUCAUCUUUAUGAUUUCUAGUUUUAUUUUCAAGGAGUAGCUGCCGUAAAACUGGCUGCCUUUUAGUUCAUAAAAUCACAAUAAGCUGCAGGCUGCUAGCAAGCCAAGCCAGCGGCUGAGCGACAACAAAGAGGCUGCAGCAGCUGCAGACUGCUGGCGGGGUGGUGGUGCUGAAGGUGUUUUAAUUUUUACCGAACAGAUUCCAUUCAUCGGGCUGACAUGACGGGGGUGGUCUCUCCAGAGAAGGCGGCGAUCACCAAGAAGAAGAGCGAGAGGAAGUGUGCCAUCAAAGAGGAGUUCAGACAGCUGUCUAACAUCAUGGGAGUCAUGAACAACAUGAGGAAACAGGCUACUCUCUGUGACGUCACCCUGGUGGUUCAGGGGAAACACUUUCCUGCCCACAGAGUAGUGUUGGCUGCUGCAAGCCACUUCUUCAGCCUCAUGUUCACCACCAGAAUGAUGGAGUCGAUGUCCCACGAGGUGGAGCUCAGGAGUGCCGAGCCUGACAUCAUUGAGCUGUUGAUUGAAUUUAUCUACACAGCUCGGAUUUCGGUGAACAGCAGUAACGUCCAGUCGUUGCUGGAUGCAGCCAACCAGUACCAGAUUGAGCCCGUGAAGAAGAUGUGUGUGGAGUUCCUCAAAGGACAAAUUGAUGCAACAAACUGCCUUGGUAUUUCCACCCUGGCAGACUGUAUGGACUGUCCCGAGCUGAAGGCGGCAGCAGAGGACUUCUUUGAGCUCCACUUCACUGAAGUCUACAAACUGGAUGAGUUCCUGCAACUAAAUGUUUCACAGCUCACACACCUACUGCACCAGGACAAACUCACUGUCCGUGCUGAGGCCCAGAUUUAUGACGCAGCAGUGCGCUGGCUGAAGUACGAUGUGUGUAACAGACAGCAGUACAUGGUGGAGGUGUUGGGGUGCGUUCGCUUUCCUCUGGUCUCCAAAACCUUCCUCUCCAAGACGGUGCAGGCUGAGCCCCUCAUCCAGGACAACCCACAGUGUCUCAAGAUGGUCAUCAGUGGGAUGCGCUACCACCUGCUGUCCCUGGAGGAUCGGGAGGAUCUGGGGGAGAACAGCCGACCACGACGCAAGAAGCACGACUACCGCAUCGCUCUGUUUGGAGGCUCCCAGCCUCAGUCCUGCCGCUACUUCAACCCCAAGGACUCCACCUGGACAGACAUCCGCUGCCCCUUCGAGAAGCGCCGAGACGCCACAGCCGUCUUCUGGGACAACGUGGUCUACAUCCUGGGUGGCUCACAGCUCUUCCCCAUCAAGCGCAUGGACUGCUACAACGUCCUGAAGGACAGCUGGUACUCCAAGCUGGGACCUCCCACGCCUCGCGAUAGCCUCGCUGCCUGCCCUGCCCAGGGCAAGAUCUACACGUCUGGGGGGUCGGAAGUGGGAAGCUCUGCGCUCGACCUUUUCGAAUGCUAUGACACGAGGACGGAGUCUUGGCAGGUGAAGACCAGCAUGCUGAUGGCUCGCUGCAGCCACGGCUCGGUGGAGGCCGACGGGCUCAUAUACGUCUGUGGAGGCACGGUGGGCAACAACGUGUCCGGCAGGGUCCUCAACAACUGUGAGGUCUACGACCCCAGCACGCAAAAAUGGAGGGAGUUGUCUGGGAUGAGAGAGGCCAGGAAGAACCAUGGGCUGGUGGUGGUCAACAGCAGGAUCUACGCUGUUGGAGGGCAGGGAGCUCUAGGUGGACUUGACUCAGUGGAAUACUAUGACAUUGCCAGUAAUGAGUGGCGUGCUGCUUUGGCGAUGCCGUGGCGAGGUGUGACGGUGAAGUGUGCAGCGGUCGGUGAGGUCAUCUAUGUGCUGGCCGGGUUUCAAGGUGUGGGGCGACUCGGACACGUCCUGGAGUACUACACUGAAACGGACAGGUGGGUGACUUGCAGCAAGGUGCGAGCAUUUCCCGUCACAAGCUGCCUGAUCUGCGUGGUCGACACGUGCGGAGUCAACGAAGACGAAGACAUGGACCUCAUAGACUCUCAGCCACACGCUGCAGCCACCGCCUCGGCAUCUGCCACAACCUCCUCAUCCUCCUCCUCAUAGGACGAGAGGAAGAUUCAGUGUAUGUUGCAACAGUUGCGGCAGCUACUGCGUUGGGCCUCCAGUGGCCUGACAGCUCCUCUACUAAUGUGAAUAUUCACGUGUGCAUUUAGGCAAACAGCUGGUCAUGUUCUUUAACUUUGUCCAGUAGCCACAUUGCUUUUUAACUUUUAGCUGUCCCACUGUUAAAAGUGCCAGUGGGACACUAUCCCACAAAUUUAUGUUAAAGGGGACAAGGAGACUUUUAAUGAGGAUUGUUAGGUUAGAUACUAGAAAGAGAAAACAGACUGGCAAGUACAGGUGGGGAACCUUUUUAUUUGUCCUUUCGUUUAAAGAACUUUGUAAUGUUGUUUUUAUCAUUUUGGAAUAAAAUACUGUUACGGAGUGUAGAUGUAUUGCAUUUAUGAAUUGUUGAAUAUUGGUUGUGUUGUGUUCAUAUUUAAUAAUACAAAUGACUUCAUAGAGUGAGUAAAAAAAGUUUGUCAGCCAUGUGGUUACAAGUAAAAACUAGCUGAAUGUGAUGAAGAAAUGUGUGUCUGAGUUUGAUUUCAAUUUUUUUUUAUUAUAGAAAGAUGAGUAAGACGGCAUCUGCGAUUAAAGAAGAUUUCACAAGUUGCUCUUUAAGAUGAUAUAAGCUGCCAUACAACGUGAUAAAAUAAGACGCCUCUUCAUUUACUGUUAAAAUGUUGUGUUGACUUAACUGAAUAAAAAUAUCCGGUGAAAACAUGCAUUAAAUACA